CGGGUUGAGAUCAGCAACUUGAUGAUGAUUGAUGACUACCUGACCUACCUUACAUUGAAUUGAAGCGAGCAGAAUGGACGUUCGCAAAUGAAGAAUCGAGCCAGUUACUCCGUUCUAACAGAUGAUGUCCUAUCCAUGUUGUAUAGCCAAGCUGUUCUGUUUUGAAGCAACGGUCGCCGACGGGAACUGCCUUGGCGGACUUCGUUCAACCCUCUCCCCGCCCGGCCAACGCCUUCUUCUUCCUCCGGUCGCUCCCACGGUUUCUCUCUCAUUCUCCUUCCCGACAAGCCGGCCGCGACAUCUUGACCGGUUACAGCUACAGAACGCCAUUACGGCGCAGGCAAUGCCGGCUCUCGAGGUGCUCGCCGCCGACCCAAGUCGACUCGACCGUUCGCGAAACACGCGCUUUGAGCGCGACGACCCCCCGCCAUACACGUCCUCGAGCGAGUCGGAAUCCGAAGAGGCCCUGCACCACCCUGUACUGGCCCAACGCCGGCGCUCGUUGCUUUCGCGGCGCCGUGACGGGGACAGAGGAGGAGGUGCCAGCAGCCUUCGCUACCGUGCCGGGAGGAAUGAAAGGUUGCGGAAGAAGUGCCGUAAUGCGCUGUAAGCCGGUGGGUAUUACGGGGGGCUCGCCGCGAAUUGGCGAGGAAUUCGGCGAGAAGCGUAGAUACUCCAAAAUAACUACGUUACGGGAAUAGGUAUCGGCUUUACGUAGAUAUCCGUGCAUCUCGGCGGCAGAGGGGUGCGAGGGUUAGGGUCUGGUGCGGCACACGGAUCAGUGAGCCGCUGAUUGCCACUCAGCGGGGCCGUGAAUAUUUACCAGGCAAACCCUCCGGU